UUGGCUGAGGUGCCGGAUGGAGACGGGCGCCGUGGGACGAGGAAAAACAGGCGGGAAGGAGGGCUCAUCUAAACCGAAGAGAACCCGAUUCCUGAGAUUUUAAUCAAGAAUUCUGAAAACUCAAUGUGGUUAUGGCUUCAUCAGCGUCAGAAUACACCAUUGGAGGUGUGAAAAUUCUCUUCCCUUGCAAGGCAUACCCUUCACAGCUUGCUAUGAUGAAUGCAAUUGUGAAGGGGCUCAACUCCAAGCAGCACUGCCUGUUGGAGAGUCCUACUGGAAGCGGGAAAAGCCUGGCGUUGCUUUGCUCUGCAUUGUCAUGGCAACAGUCACUUUACGACAAACCGCUUGAUGACUUGCCAUGUUCAAAGGAAUGCAAGAAGCCAGAGACUAUGAUGCCAUGCGGCUGUCGCUGUCAUGCAGCUCAGGCCCAGAACAGUGUAGCGGUGAGCCAAGACGCAUCUUGUUCCUUCACCAACAGCGGAACAGUGACACCCGUGAAAAGUGGAACCAAGUCAAGAAACAAAGCAGAUGAGAUAUCAAGAACCACACUCGCUUCCAAACUAUCUGCAAAGAAGCAGGCGUCUUUGCAUGAAGAUGGAGAUGAUGAUUUUAUAGUAGAUAGGAAAAGGAUUCGUUCAUUAGAAACAGACCAGCAGGCAAGGAAACGGCACCGGCUGUCCCAAGGAACCCAAUUGGUUGACGCUCUGGAGGUUUACCGGCAGCAGAAAAAUGGGGAAUUGACUGUGUGCUCUGAAAAAUCGGCCCCUUUCUCUCUCAAAACAUUACAGCCUUCCAGUGCCUGCAUUCAGUGCUCCUGUUCUUCAGUCGAAGCAAAAGUCAAAGAAGCAACUGAUAAAAAGAAGAAAGAAAAUGGAGGAAAGGCAUUUGUCCCCAAAAUAUUUUUUGGAACUCGCACCCACAAACAAAUUGCUCAGAUUACCAGGGAGAUGCGGAGGACGGCAUAUUCAGAUAUCCCCAUGACUAUUCUUUCUAGCAGGGACCACACUUGUGUCCAUCCAACAGUGUCCAGCUGCAGCAGCAAGAAUGAAAAAUGUGUAGAGUUGCUGGAAGCCAAAAAUGGCACAUCUUGUUCUUACUACCAUGGAGUCCAUAAGCUUAGCGAACACCAUGCCUUAAAAUCUGCACGUAAGAAAUACCAGGCUUGGGACAUUGAAGACCUAGUGAGCCUCGGGAAGAAGCUACGUGCCUGUGCCUAUUUCGCAGCUCGAGAGCUUAUGGCUGAGGCUAGGAUUGUGUUUUGUCCUUACAACUAUCUUCUAGACUCACAAAUAAGAGAGAGUAUGGAGAUUGACUUGAAAGACCAGGUGAUCAUUUUAGAUGAAGCUCAUAAUAUUGAGGAUUGUGCACGGGAAUCGGCCAGCUACAACGUGACGGAAACUCAACUCAAAUUGGCCCGAGAGGAGCUGGACACCAUGGUGAAUAACAACAUUAGGAGGAAGGAUCACGAACCAUUGCGUGCUGUAUGCUGCAGUCUGACAAAUUGGUUGAGGGAAACUAUUGGUCAGCUUGUGGAGAGAAAUUAUGAGACCUCUAGUAAGGUUUGGAGUGGAAAACAAAUGGUGGCGUUCCUGCAUGAUAUGGGAAUAACCAACGCCACAUUUCCCAUCUUACAGAAACAUUUUGCUGCUGUUCUUGAAAAGGAGGAAAAAGUAAACCUGUUCAAUGGAGGAGAAGAGCUUGUUUCGGUUCCAAUUAUAAGCCCUUCGACUCAGAUUAUGCUGAAGGGGUUAUUCAUGGUCCUGGGGUAUCUUUUUAAAGAGAAUCACAGGUUUGCUGAAGACUACAGAGUUGCAUUGCAGCAAGCCUACAUUUGGACUAAUGAAAAUCCAGUUGAUACUCCAGAUGAGAAUGGUUUCUUUGCACGAUCAAAAAGAAGAUCCCGACAAAAAACAGCAGUGCAUACACUCAGUUUCUGGUGCUUGAAUCCAGCUGUGGCCUUCUCAGACAUGUGUGGCAAUGUUAGAUCAGUCGUGUUGACCUCAGGAACGCUCUCUCCGAUGGACUCCUUUUCUUCUGAGCUUGGUGUGAAGUUUUCCAUUCAACUUGAAGCAAACCAUGUUAUUAGGAAUUCCCAGGUGUGGGUUGGUACUGUUGGAGCUGGGCCUAAAGGCAGGUCAUUAUGUGCUACGUUCCAGCACGCUGAGACCUUUGAUUUCCAGGAUGAAGUUGGGGAGCUUCUGCUCUCAGUUUGUCAGACCAUCGGCCAAGGGGUUUUGUGCUUUGUGCCAUCUUACAAGAUGUUAGAUAAACUGAAAGAUCGCUGGCUGCACACUGGCUUAUGGGAAAAGCUUGAACUGAUUAAGACAGUCAUCGUGGAACCUAAAGGAGGCAACAAAGCUGACUUUGACGAGCUGCUGCAAGUAUACUACGAUGCCAUAAAAUUUAAAGAAGGAAAAGAUGGGGCACUUCUUAUUGCUGUCUGCAGAGGCAAAGUUAGUGAAGGCUUGGAUUUCUCUGAUGACAAUGCCCGUGCUGUUGUAACCAUAGGAAUUCCAUUUCCAAACGUGAAAGACCUUCAGGUUGAGCUUAAGAGGAAGUAUAAUGACCUACAUUCCAAAGACAGAGGACUUCUACCAGGCAGCCAGUGGUAUGAAAUCCAGGCCUUCAGAGCUCUCAACCAAGCAUUGGGCAGGUGUAUUCGCCACAGGAGCGAUUGGGGAGCACUUAUUUUAGUUGAUGACCGCUUCAGAAGGAACCCAAACAAAUACAUAGCUGGAUUGUCAAAAUGGAUUCGUCAGCUAGUCCAGCACCACGAAAACUUCGAUUGUGCCCUUGGUUCUUUGGAUGCGUUUGCUAAAACAAACCAGAAGAGCACAGAUUCUUUGACUCAGGGUAACGACAGAUCUGCGCUCAUGUCUUCAAGCUCAAAAGAUCUGUCAUCAAGUUCUUUCCUGGAGGCAACUCUUCAUCUAUCACCAGGUGUUACUGUUGAAAGAGAAGUGCAUGAUUUAACCCUAGAAACACUUUCUGCUGCAGACGUCAUUGCAAUUAAUCCAGCGACAUCCAGUCAGUCAUGUAACAUAUCUGCAAAUCAACAAAAUCUUCAGCCAUUCUGCCAGACUGUAAAGCAAGAAAACCUAACCGACUCCAAACCCAAAACCUUGAUCGGGAAGAACAAGAGGGAGAAAGCAAAUAAUCUGCUCUCAUCUGUCAGUAUAAAACAGUAUUUCAGUAAACCAUUGACUUCAACACCCCUGCUUGCCCUGAAUGAGAAAGACCUCUCCAAAGCUAAAUGCCAACCAAAGAUACCAAUGGAUGAAAGUACUCAGCUUGUUGCAAAUGAACCCCAGCAGAAUGUGUUUUUGCUUGAGCAACAGAGGGCAACUGGAUUGUCACCAUGUAGAGAACCGAUUAGCUUUUCUGCUGGAAAGGCCAUUCAAGAAUAUCCUACCGAGCAGCAGCUCUGGGCUCAUGAAGAGGGGAGGGACGUGGCGUUUUCUCCAGUGAGAGGAAACGCGAACCUUUCAACAUCAGAUAUAGCUGCAGAGACAGAUGCCAACGAUGACAGUAUCUAUUUCACACCUGAACUUUUCAACAGUGUCGAGUCAGCAGUACAGAAAAAGGAGUUGUCAACUCAUACUUGCAGCGAGACUGGGAUUUCCUUUGAAACUGCAAGCUCUAUUAAAGUUGAAGAGCUUUAUGAUGCCAGUGCUCUAAAGCUAGUAGAUGCAAUGGUCAGCAUUAAAACUGAUGCUGACACGAAGGCAGAGGAGCCUGGAAUCGUUCAGAGCAGUGAGAGUACUGGAGGGGCAGUCAGAGCAGCUGGACACAGUACUAAUAGCAUAGGUGAAGCUGAGCAGGAGGCAAAGAGAAAGAAGCUUUCCAGAUCACAAAACAAAGGACUGAAAGUACAGAGAACAUAUAAACGAAGAAUCAGGAAACCAUCUAUUAAAGGAGGGGCCAAGUCACUGACAGGUAAAGUCGGAAACAAUUUGUAGAUUUUCAAGUUUGAUUAUAGUGGUAGUUAUAGUAAUCCAGUUGGAAUCAGGUUAAGUAAUGAGUGGAUCUGGCCAAUGACUUGUCUAAUCUUGCAUUUCUUCCACGACACAGUUCCAGUGGAAGCUGCCCGUUAGGUAAACAAGACAAUUCCCAUCAAGUUUAGCCUAUCCUCAGCCAGCCCAGGGGUCAGCCUCCUCCUCCUUAAUGUUAGUGGUGUCACCUUAGAACUUAGCAAGCAAGAAGAUGGGGACAAGAUCAGAAUUAAUGGACCUAGUCUGUCAUAGGCUCCAGUUCCACCUACUCCUGCGCUCCCUGCUUUCUCUUCCCUGCCAGCCCCAAUGGACACCAGCCUCCAAUGCACAAUAUCUUCCUUUGCCUAAACUGCUCCAGUUUCUGGGGUGGGUAGCUUUGGUACACAAAGGAGCUGUGGUGUGCUGUGAUGGGAAACUCUCGUGCCACUAAAGUGGCUCCAGAAAAGAGGGAGCAGAAAUCUUGCAAAAUCUGUCCCAGAUUCAUGUGCAGGGAACUGUGUUUCAGAGACUGGUUACGUGCUUGGUAGUGUUUUGCUUUUGAUCAAACAGGAUACCCAACAAAAAGAUAUGCUGUCGGCUAGCUAAGGCAGCCAGGUGUGUGUCUAUCACUACAGCCCUUAUUGACUGUUCCUUUUUUUUGUGUCUUAUGAUACUUCACAUACUCUCUUGACUCUGCUUGAGAACACCAAUGCUGUGAAGGCCUGGUGCUUAAGUUGUUCCCACAACGCAUGCAGGAGCCACAAGGUAGCCCCCCCCCCCCGCAUGGACAGGGACUUCUCACAUUUUGUGACAGUGCAGUGGCUUCCACCCCACCAGCGCUCUUCUUCAUUGCCCCACAGGACUUCCCAACAGUCUAGUCGCAGUUUCAGCCUGAGAUUUUUCUGACACUCCUAGAAGACUUCCCUAAUCAGUGCUAGCUUUUUCCUGACUUUCGUUAAACAAAUCUGGGGGCAAUUCUAAUUCAUGCUGGUAUACAAUAUUUUACAUUUGAAUGAGAAUUUCAAAGAUUUUGCUUUAUUCUGUUUACUGGAUGCUGCUGUGUUGUUAGCCUUGAGCAAAGCAUUUCCUAAAGAGUCACAUGUGUUGCAUUCAGCAAAUGAGCAGGCCGUCCCGCAACAAAUAGUUAGCAUUUAGGGCCCAUAAAAGGGAGAAAAGGAUUUUUAAAAAAAAAUUUGGUGGCACUAACAUCUAUAUCAAGCAUUAAUUACAGCCUGAGAGAGGAAAGAAAACUGGGCUAGAGAAUGGUCAAGAGCUACAAAGGUUAAGGAAGGAUGGAGUUUCUAUAUUUGUUAAAAAUCACCAAGCGGCACUUUAACUGUGAGCCUCCCGCAAUAAUAAUUAGCAAAGUUUGAAUGGAUCUUAGUGAGACAAGAUCUGCUCAUCAAACCUAUUUAAAACAGUGAACAGCUGGGUAUAAAGUGCUUUCUGUAUAAUGCAGUCAUGUUGGGCAAGUCAUUUAUUUUAAUACUUUUUUAUAUUACCAAUGUAUGUAAGUUUCCAAGCAAUAAAAUAUUGAUCCAAAUGG